AUGAGGCGACUAUAUGGAGCGACCUCCACCGAGAUCCUGUUGCCUAUGCCCUUGUACUACCAUCGUUCAAACUCGUACGAUCCCAUCUACUACUGGAAGGGAGGGAGUUGGCGGAAGAUGGAGAUAUCGUUACUCCGAGGACGUCCCAGUGCUAUCCAAGACAGCUACUCACGGGAGGGACAUCCCAACACCCUAAAUCUCAACACGCAAAUCAGCGCAGCAAUUGCUAAGCUACAACAGGAUUUGAAUACGGCACGUUCGAAGCAAACCUCCAGCACUGGCUCGUCUGAUGCACAACCUCGACUUGCGAGUACCGGCAAUCGUGGCAGACCUCCAUUACCUCAAUUCCAAUUCCCUCCACCUCCGCCUGUUCGAGAUGAGAAAUCCGAAGAGUUGGAGGUCAAUCCUUUCAAGAGAGACAUGAACAGAGUCGAGCCAUUCCUUCAAGCGCUCGUCAAGAAGGUUGCCGCCUACGCGGACCGCUUUGUUGCCGACGAAUUCCGCUUCGGUCACUUUCCCGGACUCCGCGAAGGCAAGACGACUUCCUCGCACAUCAAGACUGAUGAAGACACUGGCACUUCACUAUAUUCGCCAUUGAUCAAUACUGCCCGUCGCAACGACUUCUUCGGCGUAUUUUGUGCAAGGUUUUUACGUGUGAUGGGGAUGCGGCAUCACGGAGGCAAAUUCCACCCCACUGCCUUGGGGAACGUGUCAACCAAUAGCUUGAACAGUCAGUCGCCAACUGGCCAUUUGGACAAAAGCGGGAACGACCUGCACUUCAACCCUUUCACGGAUCGCUUAGCGCCCCAAGACUCUGCUCGUCACAUAGCAGUAAUCCCUCCGCGCGGGCUCAUGCCUCGACUCAAAUACUCGUGCAGGUCUACCGCGCUGCUCAGUGACGGGCCAGCUUCGAGUAACGUUGCCCGCAUCACUCGCUACAUCGCAAGGCAAGAGAAAGAAGCCGGCAAGAAGACCGAACGCUGCAUAUUCAAUGGCAGAUCACAAUGCUCUCCCGUCAAGGCCAGAGAAGCCAGAAAGGCGAGUUCCACCCGAUCAGCAGCCAUCGCCACUGGGCACGACCCAGCGAGCAUAUGGAGACGUUGCCCUCAUGUCUCGAGACCUCCCGGAACCCCAAAAGUCCCCGAGGAAACUCGCACUCGGAGGCUGACUGAUUCCCAUACUUACCCGUGGCCAGCCUCUCUGUAUCAAAUCGACAGCACGAUACCCCAAACAGCGAAAUACCACCAGCUCUUCCACUACCACCCGGCACUCAAAACAGCAUGCAUGAUUCACGAUGGCAUGAAUUCGACACCGAAAGCCCACACAUCGCCACGACUGAGUUCUGCGGCAUUGAAAGACAUUCAGCUUGCUAUAGACGAAGACCACGCUCCUUUCUCAUUCGUGGACACUGAGUAUGCGUACUCUCAAGAUUUGCCGCUCGAGUACUUGAAGUGCCAUAGCGAGCAUAUGAAUGACGAUCUGAUGAAUCCUAUUAUUGGUAGACUUCUACUGCUGCAACUCUACGAUGCAAAGAAUGCAUGGAAGGACAAUGUCCUUAUCCUCAACUCUGAGAUCAGUGCAACUAUCUUUACGCCGCUGUUCUUCGAUGGCAACCAACGACGUACACAGACCUUGGACAGCAAUGCGCGGUUACGCAGAACACCGCAUAAUCGCUCUCCGGAUAUGAAGAAAGAGCUCGCUGACCCUCCAAUCAGCUAUACCGCUCUCGCUUGGCUGUCUCAACUCUGCAAUACAACGGCCUAUGAGUUUGACUACCCUAGCCAAGAUAUUGAACAGGAAAAUGACACUCGACUUCGAAAUCCACUAAGUCGACUUCACUUCCAUUUCCGGGAUACUACGUUUCUGUGUUACAAAGUCAUACUCAACGUCGCCCUCUUCUUCAUUCAAGUCGGCCUUGCCUGCGAGGACUCCCAACGGUCUACCUACGCCGAUCUUGCAGAGGACGCUCUCGAGAUUGUGGCGCUCGCCCUCCUCUACGCUUGUUCUCCCUCCACCUUGACCAGAGGCUCGUUCGUCUGCUGCUCUCUGGCUCAUACUCGCACAUCCACAGCAAAGCGAGACUUCGCGGCUUCAUUUCAGAUUUGCAGAGAGGUACAUCAAAUCUCGUUGCAAAAAGCUCUUCCGUCAUGCUCUGCUUCUGCGAACGCACUCUCCACAAAGCGCUGCUCAUCCUGCUGGACGUGGCUGAUGCACCGCCUAAGUCAGCGAACGGUUCUCUUUCACCACAUCCCAGGCGGGACUAUGUUUGAGCUGGACCAUGAAUUGCUAUGCAUCCUCGAAUUCGUUCCACGAUACCAAAAUCUCUUCCACAUCCAGGGAGCACCAUUUGUUCCCUUCCAAGAAAAUCCUUGCAGUCAUUCUGUGUUGCUUGCGAACAGAGAAAUGGCCAGGGAGAGCAACUUCUUGCCAGAAAGCGCAAGUUCAAGGCGGGCCAGACCAUACACAGACGGUGAAGACUCUGUCACAGUGGCAGCUACAGUCGAUGAGGCUGUCCCGACCUUGAGCGCACUUUUGCGAACGAUGCUCAGCACUGCCAAGUACCUUCAACAUCUGCUCCUAUGCUUGACAGGCGAAUGGCCCGAGCGAACAGGCUCGGAUCGCCUUCAAUGUCGGGAGAAUCAGCCUUGA